UUAUUUAAUUGAUUAUUAAUUGAGAAACAAGUUAAAAGGAGAAGACUAUCAUGACGAAUGUAAUGGACAUUAGUAAUGCAGGAGGACAAAUAUUAUUUGAUACUAGUGAUGCAAAUAAACAAACUGCUUUAUAACGAUAAUGAGUUAACGAACAUUAAGAAUAAUAUCGUAAAUAAACAAAUGGACAUUAGCAAUAUAAGUGAACACAUGUCGACAUGUAUCGACAAGAUUACACAUAAAAUGGAAUCCAACAUUGCCGAAGAGAAAAAAUGGAAACGAAAUGGACUCAUUUAUCAAACAUUAAUAAGCUUAUGUGCCGCUGUUGUUAUGAUGGGUCCACUGAUGAGUUUUGGUUACAGUGCCGUGGCGGAACCAGUGAUGACAGCUCCAAAAACCGACGAUUUACAACUUGACGCUGAUCAAGCAAACUGGAUGGCUACUGCAACUGCGAUAAGUAUACCUUUUGGUUCCUUAAUCUCGAGCCUCGCGUUAAGUCGAGGAAGGAAGAUCGGAUUAUUCGUGACAUCGUUAACCUCACUGACGGGUUGGGUGACGAUUUGCACAUCGAACAGUUACGAGCAAAUUUUGAUAGGGAGAAUAAUUACUGGUAUAUCUGUGGGCUUGUCAGUCAUUUCGACGACACUAUAUGUGGCGGAAAUAGCGGAAACAAAGUGGCGAGACACGAUGCUCGCGUGGGUCAGCAUCUCUGGCAAUUUCUCUAUUCUCAUCGUUUACAUCUUUGGAUAUAUUUCCAAGGACAACUGGCGACUAGUAGCUAUGAUGUGCGCUCUAUUCCCAGCGGUGACAAUUGUUCUAAUUUUGCUACUGAUACCCGAGACGCCACUAUGGUUGCGGGAUCAAAAUCGACCCGAGGAAGCGCUGAAGAUGAUGAAAAAGUUUCGCGGCAUACCAAAAGACCAACCGGCUCCUGCGAAAGUAUUGUUCGAGCUUAAGCCGCAGCUACAAAAGAAGAAUCAGAAUCUGCUGCGACAUCUGAUAAAGAGAAGUUCCAUAGUGCCAUUCGUCAUUAUGGUCAGCUUCUUUUUUUUUCAACAAUUUUCCGGAAUCUACAUUGUCAUAUAUAACGCCGUCGGGAUUAUGGAUAAAUCUGGAAUCCAGAUAGAUCCUUACAUCGGCGCCAUACUAAUAGGUGUCGCACGUUUCAUAGCCACUCUCGUAAUGGCCGGUUUGACCAAAACAUUUGGUCGACGAUUCCUGUCGAUUCUUUCCGGUAUCGGGAUGACAAUUUUCAUGAGCGGUUUGUCGCUCUAUCUCUUCUUGAUUGAAAACGGAACUGUCAUAUCGGAUAACGGGAUAAUCCCAGUAGCAUGUAUGUUAUUAUACGUUUUCACCAGCACUCUGGGUUAUCUGUUGAUACCGUUCAUCAUGGUGAGCGAAAUAUAUCCAUCCAAAGUCAAGGACGUAUUGUCCGGUCUGUCGGUUACUAUAGGUUAUAUCUUUAGUGCAAUAACCAUUAAGACGUAUCCAGACAUGUUGAGACUGAUGAGUAUGCAAGGUUUAUUUCUCUUCUUCGCAAUUAUCUCUUUAAUCGGUGUGAUAUUCAUCUUUUUAUUCUUACCCGAGACAAAAGGAAAAACUCUAUGCGAGAUCGAGGAUAUAUUCUCCAAGAAGAAAGUUUUUGAAUUACCAAUGGAAGGAGUAGUCGGAAAAAAUGCUUCAAACACGACCUUAUAAGAAAUUAAGAAUAUUUAUAAAUAAGAGAAAUAAAUUACAAAGAUUAUUAUAUUAGUAUUAAGUAUGAAGAGAAAGAUGAGAUCAAAUCGCGCAAUGUUGUGCGAUUCAUGAAAUAAAUGUUACAUCGUUUUCAGAUUCGAGGUGCAAUGGUUCUGGUAGUUUAAUUAAAGUAAUAUGAUGACAUAAUAUUUAUUUGGAAUAUGAAUUCUCUUCUUAACAGAUUUUUUAGUAUGUUACAUAUUUUAUAAAGAAUUA